AUGAUCCAAAGAGGAACGUAUCAGGUGGUGCCCAUGAAGGGCAAAGGCCUUGGGGCCAUAGCUACUACAUUCAUCAAGCAAGGCUCCGUCAUUGUUGACAGUGAUCCUGGGCUUCUUAGAGUGAUGAUACGAGAAAUGCAGGUAUUCGAUCAGCAGCACUUAGACCUUGAUAGAAGAAGUGAAUGCUACUUUGAUUUACGGGCUACAUACUUUCAACCGAUGCUUGAAGAACAGCUUCUCCUUCUACCACAAGGCCUGCAAGAAGCCAUAAUGGGAUUGCACGAUCGAGCAGGAGAAGCAUCCAAGUCGGUGGCUGGCAUAUUUUUUACCAAUGCCAUUGCGACGGAGGGUGAUGAUUUUGUUCUUUGCCACAUGGUGGGGCGCUUCAAUAGCAGUUGCCAGCAGAAUGCAGUGUACGAAUGGUGUGACAGAGAAGCCUCAGCUUCGGUACGUGCUGUUUGGGACAUUGCUAAGGGCGAGGAGAUUUGCAUUUUCUACGGAAGCACUGGGGACCUUCUGAAGCCGCGUCGCGAGAGACAAGAGUUCCUGCGCUAUUGGGGGUUUACAUGUGCUUGCUCCUCAUGUAUGGAUCCUCUAUCGGAUGAACGCCGAGCCAGGAUUCUUGAGAUCAAACGUGCGUUUGAAGACGAGAAUGUCAUUAAGAUUCCUAUCAUACAGCGGUAUGAACUGGCCAAGGAGCAGCUGCGGCUUUAUCAGAAGGAGCGAGUUUUCUUCUCCGGAUAUUUCCAAGCUUUGACGAAUUGUGUCCAGCUCUCUCAAUCAGCUCACGAAGAGCCACAAGAAAGGCGACAUUUGGCGGAGUUGGCCGUCCAUCAUGUCAAGGUGUUCUUCCCUCAAAACGAUCAUUUGUUGAAGGAAUGCCACAAAGCCCUGGGCUUGACCAGUGCUGAGCCAAAUCUUGCUUAG